CUCGCCGAGGCUUCCCAGGUGACUCAAACGCUUCGGGUGACACCCGAAGACUCCCCUGAGGCCUGCGGUCCCCGCAUCCAUCCCCGAGCCGGCCAGUCCCAGCAACUCUCCUACCCGCCGACUACAAGCAACCGCGGGCAGCUCAGCGGCCGCGGCGCGGGUCCCCCUCCCGCGGCGCCCGCCGGUUUACAUAACGGGCCGCGCGCCGCGCUCUCGCGAGGUUUCCGCCGCCCCCUCCUCGCUCCACGUCAGAAGGCACCGGGCGGAGCGGCCAACAUGGCGGAACGCAGGCGACACAAGAAGCGGAUCCAGGAAGUUGGUGAACCAUCUAAAGAAGAGAAGGCUGUAGCCAAGUAUCUUCGAUUCAACUGUCCAACAAAAUCCACGAAUAUGAUGGGUCACCGGGUUGAUUAUUUUAUUGCUUCAAAAGCAGUGGAUUGCCUUUUGGAUUCAAAGUGGGCAAAAGCCAAGAAAGGAGAGGAAGCAUUAUUUACAACCAGAGAGUCUGUGGUUGACUACUGCAACAGGCUUUUAAAGAAACAGUUUUUUCACCGAGCACUUAAAGUAAUGAAAAUGAAGUAUGACAAAGAUAUAAAGAAAGAAAAAGAUAAAGGAAAAGCUGAAAGUGGAAAAGAAGAAGAUAAAAAGAGCAAGAAAGAAAAUAUAAAGGAAGAAAAGACAAAAAAGGAAAAAGAAAAAAAAAAAGAUGGUGAAAAAGAAGACUCCAAAAAGGAAGAAACUCCUGGAACUCCCAAAAAGAAGGAAACUAAGAAAAAAUUCAAACUUGAACCACACGAUGACCAAGUUUUUCUAGAUGGCAAUGAGGUUUAUGUGUGGAUCUAUGACCCAGUUCACAUUAAAACUUUUGUCAUGGGAUUAAUUCUUGUGAUUGCAGUAAUAGCAGCCACCCUCUUCCCGCUUUGGCCAACAGAAAUGAGAGUGGGUGUUUAUUACCUCAGUGUGGGUGCAGGCUGCUUUGUAGCCAGCAUUCUUCUCCUUGCUGUUGCUCGUUGCAUCCUCUUUCUCAUCAUCUGGCUUAUAACUGGAGGAAGGCACCACUUUUGGUUCCUGCCUAAUCUGACUGCUGAUGUGGGCUUCAUUGACUCCUUCAGGCCUCUGUACACACAUGAAUACAAAGGACCAAAAGCAGACUUAAAGAAAGAUGAAAAAUCAGAAGCCAAAAAACAGCAGAAGUCUGACAGUGAGGAAAAGUCAGACAGUGAAAAAAAGGAAGAUGAGGAAGGAAAAGUAGGAGCAGGAAAUCAUGGAACAGAAGGCUCAGGUGGAGAACGGCAUUCAGACACAGACAGUGACCGGAGGGAAGAUGACAGGUCCCAGCACAGUAGUGGCAAUGGGAAUGAUUUUGAAAUGAUCACAAAAGAGGAACUGGAACAGCAAACAGAUGGGGAUUGUGACGAGGAGGAAGAGGAAGAAGAUAAUGAUGGAGAAACACCUAAAUCUUCACAUGAAAAAUCAUAAUCUGACUAAUUUGGGGGCUGAAUACGUGCAAGAGGUUGGAUUUUCUACGUUGGCAGAUCAUCAUAAUGUACAUGUGCAUUUGUAGCAUUCUUUAAGUCCAUUUGCUGAAAGUAUUUGACAGCCAAACAGUUCUAUUCAGUCUAUUUUAUAGAAUAUUGGUACUAUUAUUGGUACAGUCUAAAGCCAUUAAUAAGUUUUAUGCAUUUGAUAAUUUUACAGUAAGUAGGUCUCAUUUUGAUAGUUAUCAAAGAUGCAUUUUCCACAAUGACCUUUAGAUUAAGGGCAUUUUUCAUAGUUAUAUGGCUUUUUACUGUUAGAUUAAUCAAAAGGAAUAAACUCCAACAUUUCAGAUUAUUCAUAAUUUAGCUAUUUCACAAGUUUCUUUAGGUUAAAAUACUUAAAUUCAUUGUUCUUGAAGUUAUACUUCUGUUUUUCAUUGUAAAAUUCUACCAGGAAAUCUCUAAAGAUUCUGAAUAGCAGUGUUCAAAUUUGAUGGGAAAAGGCCAACUGGUCACAGUGCGGGAAAAUUUUUGGUUUAGCUACAAAUUCUCCUUUCCAACUUAGGAAAUCCAAGCUGAAUUGUACACUUGGUUUAGAGAAAGAUGGUCACCUCCAGCAGGAGAGCGAAGAGCAUCGGUCGGAAGGUGACAGCUCUUCUUUCUCCCCCUCCCCUUGUCAUAACAUAAAGCGUAUUCUGUACAUAAUUUACAAAUAAAACAUUUUAUUUUAAUUGUUACUUAUUAUUUAGACAUUUCUCCACACUUAAAUUUGUAAAAUUAAGAUCAUGUAAGGGUAUGUUUUUAGAGAAAUGGAAGUUUGAUAACCCAUGGAACAUCUGUAAUCUUUCUACAGCAGCUUCAGUUUUGUGCCAACAUUCCAUGUAUUUGAAUAUAAGUAAAAACUGAUCCUUAUCAAAUAAGAGCAGAGUUAAAGUAGCUGUUUGUACGCCUUAAUGUUCAUUUUGAUUUAUUUUGAAUCUUUGCAUUCAGAAAUGAAGUACUGUGUUUUCAGACCAGGAGGCACUGCUGUGAAAGGUAAUUUACUGUUCUAAAAUAGCAAUUUAAAAUAAAGGCUAUAAAAGAAAACAUAGAAAACCAUUGGACUAAUUGCUUCAAACUGGUUUUGCAGUUUGAUUUUUGUCUUACAAAGUAUACUUACAAAUCUUAGAAAAACCUUGUUUACUUACAAGCAUAAUCAUUCCUUGGAGUUAAACUCUACAAACUUGAUAGUGAAUAUUAAAUGAUUUUCCUUGAGUCACAGAGUAUUUUGCUUUGUAGUUGAAACAGGUGGAGUAUGUAGGUCUUUUUUCUUUGGGUUGUUCACCAUGCAAGUGUUGGACUAAAAGUGUUACAUUCUUCUAAUUGUGAAAAAAUACAUUAACACAUCUUAUUAAACAUGGCUUGGUUGCUUCUUUAUAGCGUUCCCUGUAAGUGGACGGACAUGUGGCUAUUUGAUGUUAAAGCAACGCUGUCGAGGUGGCAGGCAUUUUGAGUUUUCUGUUUGCAACUGUUCAUUGGUUUCAGUGCCUGGGUACUUUCUCCUCACAUUUGCAGACAUGUACAGUGAAGUUGUGUGAAAAACCAUAAAAGUAGCUUUUGAGCUGCUUAAUCACUGGUCACAUUAAUACUUAUUUGGGAUUAUAAAUAUGGUACCAAAAGUGUUUUUCAGAACUAAAAGUGAUUUUAUUAACUUUUACUACUAUGAAAUACCCAGGCACUCAAUAAUAAUCGUAAAGGUCUUUAUAACAUGUGUACUGUCUAGUCUUAAAGACAUGUAUGUGAAGCAUGGCAGUCAUGAAAGCUGCUUCCUGUUGUGUGUGGAUUCUCAAUAGUAUAUUGGUACUCGUUUUUAUAAAUAUUUGAUGAUCCCUUAGGGGAAAUAAUCUUACUGUGAGAAAAGAAGUGAGUUAGUAUGUUUUAUAAAUUGAACUUUUCCUUAUUAGAAACUGGAAAAAUGCAUGUACAAUUGAUUCUUGUUACUUGCAGUGCUUCUAUGAAGUUAUUGUGGACACUGAAUUAGCAACCGCUGGACCCAGGGGAGAUGUAGGGCUAGGUGUCUACAAGCCUUCGGUUACAUUUUCAUUGGUGAAGUAAUAUAUAUACUUUUUAAAGAUGUAUUUUAAAGAAGCUAAUAUGUUUUGUCAAUUCAUUAGCAUGAACUUACAAUCAUCAUUGUAACUCAUGCCUGAAUGAAGCUAUUCUAACGUCUGUAUGUUCUCUUAAGAGGCACAUCACAUAAAUUUUGCACUUCAGGAACAUAAGACACUAUCUUCAGCACUAUACGCGGGCUAUUUAAAAGGUGAAAUCACUCGCUUGUGAUGGUACAUUCCUGUAAUACUAGCCCUGGGGAGGCUACAGCAGGAUGUUCAUAAGUUCAAGACCACUAUAUGCUACAUAACUAGAUUGAGGCCAGCUUGGGGUACAUAGAUCUUGUCUCAAUCCCCUGAUACCCAAAAGUGAAAGACCAUGGCAUUAAGUAGAGCAAAAAGGACAUUUGUGUAAGUGUGAGAGCUAGAAUAAAAACCUCGUUCCACCUCGGAGAGAGUGGGCAAGUUGCAUUUCUUACUAUGCGACACAUAGCUGCAAAAGCACUACCAAAAUUAUAGACAAAUUUACAAAUAUGGAACCCACAAAACAUUGCCUGCACUUAGCUAUAAGGUUGUGUUUACCUAUCUACCUACAGAACAAAAACUGCUGCAUCACAUUCCAGCAUUUGAGUAGCUUUUAAAAUAACCACUAUGUCUUGAAUAAAUAGAUCUUCAUUUUUGUGUAGAUAAUUUGUUUUUACUGUUAGAGCAAUAUUUUCUGUGUUCAUUCACUAAUAAUGAGUAGUCACCAUACUAGACACAGCCUUGAAUAAAAAUCCAGUUUGCCCUCUUGAA